AUGGGAGCCGUUUUGGGGUUGUGCUCCAUGGCGAGCUGGAUCCCGUGUCUUUGUGGCAGCGCCCCCUGUCUGCUGUGCCGCUGCUGCCCCAGUGGAAACAACUCGACGGUGACUCGCCUCAUUUAUGCGUUUUUCCUUCUUCUCGGAGUGGGCAUCGCUUGCAUCAUGCUGAUGCCAGGCAUGGAGGAACAUUUGAAGAAGAUUCCAGGAUUCUGUGAGGGAGGAAUGGGUUCAUCCAUUCCUGGCGUCAAGGGUCACGUGAACUGCGACGUGCUGGUUGGCUACAAGGCUGUGUACCGCGUUUGCUUCGGAAUGGCCAUGUUUUUCCUUCUCUUUUCUCUGCUCAUGAUCAAAGUCAAGAGUAGCAAAGACCCCCGAGCUGCACUACAUAAUGGGUUUUGGUUCUUCAAGUUUUUAGCUGCUGCUGGCAUCACCAUUGGAUCUUUUUUCAUCACAGAGGGUCCAUUUACGACCGUGUGGUUCUACAUCGGUAUGGCAGGCGCGUUCUGCUUCAUCCUCAUCCAGCUGGUUUUGCUCAUUGACUUUGCCCAUUCCUGGAAUGAGUCCUGGGUGGAGAAGAUGGAGGAGGGUAAUUCACGCUGCUGGUAUGCAGCCCUGCUGUCAGUCACCGCACUCAACUACAUGUUUUCUCUGGUGGCUGUGGUCCUGUUCUACGUCUAUUACACCCACUCUGAUGGAUGCACCGAGAACAAGGUCUUCAUCAGCAUCAACAUGCUGCUCUGUCUCGGUGCCUCGGUCAUUUCCGUCCUGCCUCAGAUCCAGGAGUCCCAGCCCAGGUCUGGCCUGCUGCAGUCCUCCCUGGUGACCCUGUACACUAUGUAUUUGACAUGGUCCGCAAUGACCAACGAGCCUGAUAGGAAGUGCAACCCCAGCCUCCUGGGUAUCAUUGGGCUGAACACCACCACCCCUGCAGGUCAGGACCAUGUUGUUGAGUGGUGGGACGCCCAGGGCAUUGUGGGAUUGAUCCUCUUCCUUAUGUGUGUUUUGUACUCAAGUAUUCGUAACUCAUCCAACGCUCAGGUGAACAAACUGACUCUGCGGACGGAUGAGUCCGCUCUGAUCGAAGACGGGCCUCAGCCUGAGAGCUUGGAGGAGGGCAGUGGAGCGAACCGUGCUGUGGACAAUGAGAAGGAAGGAGUCACAUAUUCCUAUUCCUUCUUCCACUUCAUGCUGUUCCUGGCUUCACUCUACAUCAUGAUGACGCUUACCAAUUGGUACAGCCCCGACUCCAAUUAUGAGGCCAUGACUAGCAAGUGGCCCUCUGUGUGGGUGAAGGUCUCCUCCAGCUGGAUUUGUAUCGCUCUCUAUGUUUGGACGCUGGUGGCUCCACUGGUCCUGGUCAACAGGGACUUUGACUGA